AGAGUAAAUAACCAAGCACCUCCAGAAACAUGGACCUCAUCAUUACCUUGUUCCUAGAUUUCCUACGGGUCUGCGGUACCCUGCCCUCUUUCCUGCGUAUCUGAUAUAUCCUAUUGCGUCCUGUUCAGCGGGGAAAGGUUUUGAGAAUAUAAACGUUGCCUGAUGCGACGUCACGAUCUGAAUUAGAUUCAAGCAUCAUGCCAGGCCUCGCGCGCAAAGUGCUGAUAUGUGCUGCGAUUGACGGGCUUUUAAUCCAGCCACUGUCUGCAAAGGGGCAAAAGCCAUUUCAGCCUCUGACGAUAACAUACGGCGAUGGUAGCGUAUCGCCUGCGUCGCGAGAGCAAACGGUGGAGGACACAGACCAUGACGAAUCAACCUUUGAAGCCUUUGGGAUCAUAGGUUUGAUUACCGUCUCAAAGUUGAGCUACCUCAUCAGCAUCACACGUCGCCAGCAAGUGGCCCAGCUGUUUGGCACACCAAUCUAUGUGGUCACCGAGGUUGCUAUUACGCCUUGCUCGUCAAAAGCAGCAGCCCAGGAAGCCAUUCGGAAAACAAAUCGCCAUCUUGAACAAUGUACAGCACCAAAUUCAGCCAGCAACGACGGGAAUACGAGCGAUGAUGAGCUCGAGUCCCGAAACAGUUUUGCAGAUGAGGUAGAUGAUGUCGUUGUGGCCGGAGAGGCUGCCAAGACCGCCUCACCAAGGAGCAGUAUCGCAGAAGAUGUCAUCCAUAGGAGAGGCAGCUAUGGGAGAUUUGCGUCCAGUUGGUUCAGUCGGAGUGGAUGGACACAGGAUCAGCAAAAGGCAAUGGGGAUCAGCAACUCGCCUACACUGUCCGCUACGGAACCUCCUGGAGAAAAAAAGCAGGACGCAGUGACAGCGCAAGACACGAUUCCCAAGGAUCAAGCGGCAUCUCAGGCUGAGACCUCGACCUUGCUGCCCAAGUUGUUGCGCACGGUCCGAAUUCUCUUUGGUUCAUCGAGGAGCUUCUACUUCUCAUACGAUCUCGACAUUACGCGCAACAUGCAAAAGGGUACUGCGAGCCCCGACAGGGAUGCACCAUUGUAUGAGAAGGUGGACAACAAGUUCUUCUGGAAUCGUUCUCUGUUGCAGCCCUUCCUCUCAGUAGGCGAUGCUUCAGUGGUGCUCCCGGUCAUGCAAGGUUUCGUUGGACAGAGGACCUUCACUGUGGAUAGUAACCCGCCACAAGUCGAUCAACCUGGUCGGGAGUCUAUGGAGAUGAACAGUAUGGCACAGCCUGAAACUCAGGCGCAACCACAGAAGGUGCAACCUGCUAUCACGCCAAAUCAACCAGAGAAAUGUAGCUCGGAGAAGGAGUACACCAUCAGUGUUAUAUCCCGCCGGUCUGUCAAGAGGGCUGGGCUCAGAUAUCUACGCCGGGGUAUCAAUCAGGAAGGGAAUGUUGCCAACAUGGUGGAAACCGAACAGCUGCUCAUGCCCGCAGACUGGACUGAAGAUUCGACAGUGCACUCCUUUUUACAGAUCAGGGGCAGCAUUCCCCUUUUCUUCACUCAAUCACCAUACGCAAUCAAGCCUGUACCCGUCUUGCAGUAUUCCGAGCAAACAAAUAGGGAAGCUUGCCGCAAGCACUUCGAGUCACUGGCGAGGAACUACGGAGCUAUCCAAAUCGUCAAUCUGGUGGAAAAGCACGGCGUGGAGUCGAGCAUCGGGACUCGGUAUGAAAAGACAAUUGAGUAUCUGAAUCGGCAGUCUGAGGAAGACACGAAAAAGCCUGACGAGAAGCCCCUCGCUUUUGAGUGGUUUGACUUUCAUCAGGCUUGUCGAGGUAUGAAAUUCGAGAACGUGAGCUUGCUUCUGUCUACACUGAGGGGGAAACUGGAGGAAUUCGGCAGCACUACCGUGCAGCAUGGCCAAGUUGUCGAGAAGCAAAAGGGGGUCGUUCGAACGAAUUGCAUGGACUGCCUGGACCGGACCAACGUCUGCCAAAGUUCUUUUGCGAGGCAUAUGCUCGACAUGCAGCUGAAAGCCGAAGGUUUCGACAUGGACGCGCAGGUUGAUCAGCAGACGACUUGGUUCAACACACUCUGGGCCGACAAUGGCGACGCAGUCUCGAAACAAUAUGCAUCGACAGCGGCAAUGAAAGGAGAUUAUACAAGGACAAAGAAGAGAGACUAUCGCGGAGCGUUGAACGACUUGAGCUUGUCCCUUGCGCGGUUCUACAGCGGCAUGGUGAAUGAUUACUUUAGUCAAACAGCAAUCGACUUCCUCCUGGGCAAUGUGAACGAGAGGGUAUUCGAGGAGUUUGAGGCGGACAUGAUGACCAAGGACCCUGCCAUCUCCGUUACCAAGUUGCGUGAGCAGGCCAUUGAGCUGUGCCAGAAACGCGUGGUCGCCGAUGAGAGCGAGGAAAUUCACGGCGCAUGGGCGUUGAUCAGUCCACAUGUCUCGGAUACCGUCAAGUCUCUGCCCAUGGAGGAGGUCGUGCUUCUUCUUACCGAUGCAGCCCUCUAUGUCUGUCGGUUUGACUGGAACAUGGACAAGGUAUCCUCUUUCGAACGAGUCGACUUGAGAAACGUCACGGGCAUCAAGCUCGGUACUUACAUCACUUCUACAGUCUCGCCGUCUCAUAUGGAUGCCUCAAAGAAUGUUGGCUUCGUUGUCACUUACCAGCCGGGCAAGGCUGAUGUUGUGAGGACUAACACGCGCACUUCGUCCACCCGUGGCGAGAUCGCACCUAGCAAGGAUCCUGAGCCUGGAAAUGAGAAGAAUCGUCCUCUGAGCUUUGUCGACUUCUUCACAUACAAGACCCAGCCUCCAGCAGAGAAGAAGCUGGCUUUCAAGGCACCCUACGUUGAUUCCUCCACGACUGUGAACACAAAGCACGAGACGGAGCUGCAGCAGAUCACAACCAUUGCGAAUGAGAUUGGGCGUUUGACACAGGAGAGCCGUCUGUACAAGCGAGGCGAAGAGCAUCAAGAACUGAUCCAGAAAGAAGACAUCAUUUCCCUAGAGGAGGCGAAGAAGAACACGGGCCUGUUGGAGCAGCUAGGCCAUUCUAUCAAGAGAUUGGUCUGGGCAUAGAAUCAGUCCCCACUGGCAAGAACACCUAUAGUCUUUCACACCUUAGCGUAAUUAUAUUUAGACUUUCUCUACCUGAUACAUA